AUGAUUAUUCAGCCACACCUGCUUCUCCCUCUCCUGGGCGUAACUGGCGCGUACGCCGCCCAGAUCCCUCUCUCUACCGGCGCCGGCUGCUUGUCGUCAAGUGCCUCUGGGCCAGCGAGCUACAAGGCAUGCUGCUCCGGCACUUCAUCAGGAGAGGAGUUCGUCGAUGGCGUGAAGUUUCAAUACACAUGCGCGAAAUGGGCGAACCCUACAGGUGCAUCUGCGUUGCCUGCAGUCAGCGCGAGAGAAUGUGCGCAGCUCUGUAUCAAGGACUCUAGCUGUUCGGCCAGUACAUUCUGGAGUAGCAGACGCAAAUGUUUCUUGACGACUGUCAAGGACUUCAGCUUGGGAUCCACUUCUGGGUAUUUGGUCCUUGAAAAGACUAGUGAGACGAUCGAUCUGGUCAGUCCGCCGUCCGCGGACUGUGAGCAGAAAGUUGAUGAGGCUGCGACACAAUGCAAGAACGAAGAGCAGCUGAAGUGCGGCAAGGAAAAAGCAGACCUUGAGAAGAGCUCCUUGGAGAAAUGCAGCAAAGAGAAGACCGAGCUCGAACAGAAGCUCAAGUCACAGUGCGAAAAAGACGCCCAAGAGAAAUGCAGCAAAGAGAAGGGCGAACUUGAACAAAAGGUCAAGUCACAGUGUGAGAAGGACGCCCAAGAGAAAUGCGACAAAGAGAAGGUCCAACUUCAACAGCAGACCGAAACCAAGCCUGAGAGGCCAGAUGAUCUAUCUCAAGAACUGGCAAAGAUUGGCCGCAACCAGCUAUGCCCUGGCUAUAAUGGCAGAACCUUUGAGACGACCAACUCAGACGGAAGUCGGAACAAGUGGCUGAUACAGUGCAACACGAUGCUGAAUCGUGGCGCCUGGCCUGAUCAACUUCACCAUUGCAGACACCACUCUAUCAUUGAUACUUUGAAAGAAUAUCAAGAACAGAAAAGUCAGUAUAAGGGCGUGUGGAUUAGGGUCGAUAAUCUUUGCAAUCAUGUCCUCAAUCCUUUCUUGCCUCUGAGCAAAUCGCCAGGAUUGGAUCACUUUUUCGUCGAGCGGGUUGAGUAA